AUGACACCUUGAGAACUACUAAGGUCGAACCAUGAAAAAGUUUAACAAAAUAAAAACAAUAACUUAAAACUUUGUACUUGUGAUUAAUCCCUUAAAUUUCAAGUUGAAAGAAAUUAAUUUUCAUUAUAUAUAUAUAUUUUUAAAUUGUGGCAUUCAUCUUACACCGUUAAUUUAAUGCUUCCAAAAAUCAUGUGUUUCAACGUUAGCUAAACAUUGACUUAUCCUACUUUUCUAGAUAUAAAUCUUCUUAAUCCUCUAUCUAUAAAUUUAUUUCAUUUCCUUGUAAAAGCCUUCCGAAGUGUUUAUUCUUCCUUUAAUUCUUCUCGUGUUACGACGUUAUCAAUAUUGAAAUACUAAUUCAAAAUGGCAGCAUCUCAGUCUCCACCGGCAACUAUGCCAAACUAUAUUCGUUUUCUUUUUGGUGGACUUGCUGGGAUGGGUGCAACAUGUUUUGUUCAGCCUCUAGAUUUAAUUAAGAAUAGAAUGCAAUUAAGUGGUGAAGGUGGUAAAGCUAAGGAACAUAAAACAAGUAUUCAUGCAAUUAAAAGUGUCAUUAAAAAUGAAGGCAUUUCUGGCCUUUAUGUUGGGCUGUCUGCCGGGCUCUUAAGACAAGCAUCAUAUACAACUGUUCGAAUGGGUGUCUAUUCUACCUUGUUUGAAAAAUUCUCAGGUGAUGGAGGGAAACCGCCUGGCUUUUUCAUGAAAGCAGGCAUUGGUAUGGCUGCAGGUGCUGUUGGAGCUUUUGUUGGAACUCCUGCAGAAAUAUCUUUGAUCAGAAUGACAGCUGAUGGAAGGCUACCAGAAGCAGAACGAAGAGGUUAUAAAAAUGUAUUUGAUGCUCUUAUUAGAAUAACUAAAGAAGAAGGCAUUCUUACUUUAUGGAGGGGAUGUUUACCUACUGUUGGUAGAGCUAUGGUUGUCAACGCUGCACAAUUAGCAUCUUAUUCCCAAGCCAAACAAUUGUUAAUGUCUACAGGUUACUUUAAAGACAACAUAAUGUGUCAUUUUGCAUCUAGUAUGAUAAGUGGCCUUAUUACUACUGCAGCAUCCAUGCCUGUUGAUAUUGCAAAAACUAGGAUACAGAAUAUGAAAAUGAUUAAUGGUGUUCCAGAAUACAGAGGAGCAAUGGAUGUUUUGAUAAAAGUAAUAAAGAAUGAGGGCUUCUUCAGUCUAUGGAAAGGAUUCACUCCAUACUAUGCCAGGCUUGGACCACACACCGUGUUAACAUUUAUAUUUUUAGAGCAAAUGAAUCAAUCUUAUCGCAUUUAUGUUUUGAAAGAUACUUCCCGUGGUGGAGGAGGUCUUUAAGGAAAUUUAUAAUUCUAGUUUUUUUCUUUAAGAAAGCUGCUAGAAUAUUUUCUAAAUCAAAAUUCAAUUAUAUAAAGACAAAUUAUUCAAUAAUUAAUGAAAUGCAAAUUUUGGAAAAAUCAACAAACUAUUUUAUAGUUUUUAUAUUUUGUAGUUGUUUAGGUUCAUUCAAAAAUGCUAAUUUUGGAAUCAUUUAAAUGUUCAUGGCAAUUUUUUCAUCUUUCGCAUCAUUGUAGAAGUGUCAAAUUUUGUGUUUUGUUUUACUGUUGUGAUGAAAUAUAUUUUAACAUAGUAAUAAUAUGUAGUAGAGUUUUCUAAUGAAUUAUUAGCAAUGCAAAAUAAAUUUUGUUCCUUUUGUAUAAAAAUAUUUUAUGAAUAUUAACAAAAUAUAAUAAAUGUUUAUGAUAGUUA